GCUAUCAUGAGCCAGAACUACACUAUUAUUAGAAACGAAAGAAGUGGCUUGGUUUUAGAUGCAAGGGAGACUGUGUUAAAAAUCCUGCCCUUCACUGGCCAACCAACACAGCUAUGGAAACUGGAAAGUUCGGGGUCCGGAACAAUCUAUAUUGUGAAUAAGGCCAAUGGAAAAGUGCUAGACAUCGAAAGCGGAAUCAAAAACGGCAACAAUAUCAUCACGUAUUCCAAAAAAGGUUCAGCAAAUCAACAAUGGAUUGUUAAUUCUGAUGACACCAUCGUCAGUUCUGAACAAAAUUUGGCGAUUGACAUCUUUGAAGCAAGGUGCUCCCCAGGGAAUAAAAUAAUUAUUAUUAUUAUUAUUAUUAUUAUUAUUAUUAUUAUUAUGUCAGUGAUGGUCAACAGGCAAUAGCCCAAUUACUGACCACCUUAGCAAAAUAUAUGACCAACAGCUGAACCCACGAAGGCAAAGUUA